AUGACUGAUGACCAUUUCUUUACACCUGGCAAGGGAAUCUUUGCUACAUUCGACCGUGAGGAAAAUUGGUUUAAGAAAAUGGGCUUCUACGAAUACCAGACUCAUUACACCUUCUCCGAUAGUUGGGAUAAGGAAAUGAUGCCGGUAAAAAUUCUUGUCCCCAACGAUUUGCCAGUCGGACAUAAAGCUCCGGUUAUGUGGUUCUUCCAUGGUGGUGGCUAUUGUACAGGAGCUGGCGACUUCCCCGCUUGGUAUUCUCAAACGGCUGUCAGUAGGGCCAAAGCCAAGAAAGCUAUCAUUAUCGCGCCGGAAUACCCCCUAGGCCCUGAAGGCAACUACAAAGACAUCGUGGACUGUCUGAGGGACUUCCUUUCUGGCUUCACAAAGUGGACAGAAUGGCUUUAUAAGCAGAUACCUGUGCAGAACUUUACCAUCGACAAGGACCACGUGUAUGUCGAGGGCGAGAGCGCUGGUGGUCAAGCGGCCGUCACCGCAUUGUGGCUGAACGCUGCAGAGGAUGGGCCGAACCUGCCCAUCGACGUGGCGCUACUUCGAUACCCGAUGAUCGCGCAUUACAAGCGUAGGUGGGACAAGAUCGCCGACAAGGAUGGCAAGGUGAAUUACAUGGGAGUUUGCUUCACGAAGAAGGACGUUAUGCAGCGCGAAGCCAACAUUACAGACUUGACCAAGUGGCUAGAAAGUCACAGUCUCGUGCCAACUUGCUCGUCGCGCUGGCCUUCUGUGGGCAUGGCUUUCGCCUUCAUUCUCUCCGUUACAGAGAGAUGGCAAUGGUAUUUCCAACGCCAACAUUCUCUCCCCAAAGCUAAGAGAGACGAACUAGACUAUAUGGACGGUAUUGAGCGGGCGAACAAUACUCAAGCUAGUGUCUUGCAUCAACUUCUCCCGCCCAUAUACAUCUUUCAUGGAUGGAAUGACCCAAACUGUCCUAUCGAUAAUACUCAAGAGUUUGUGAGAGUAUUGGAAACGAAGUACCCGGAACGAUACAACAACGAUAAGAAUCUGCGAUUCGAUAUCGUGAAGAGGCUGGCGUAUAGUUCCGAUAACGUUGGGCACGGGUUUGAUUACUGGCUCAACGAGACGGAGGAGAAAUUCUUGAGAAAUGCCUAUGAUUGGGUUGGUGACCGUUGGAAGACUAGUUCGUAG